AACGCUCUUCCGAGCGUACUGCAUAGUGAUCAAACAUUGUGUCUACUCUGUUGCCAUCUGUUCUGCUCUUGGCAUUUCUUGUGUCAGGUGUGUGUCAGGUAAAUUUGAAGGAACAUGAGGCUCCAGCAGACGUUUUCGCAGUUGUCAUCAACUGACGUGGAACUGAGUUGAAUGUCUCAUAAGUGCUUGUCAGCGCGCGUCGUUGAUUUGAACACUUGUAACUCUCCCGCACAUGCACGUUGCACACGUGUAACGACUGUUGUAGACGCUAAUAGCUUUCCGAUUUGCUGUUACAGAGAUGACAAUUUCAACAGCUCAAGGUGAUCGAGUUCCACGCACUGUUUACAUCAUAUUUAUAUAUCUUGUCAUCGACCUCUUGGGAUUUACCGUGAUCCUGCCACUCUUGCCAUCUUUAUUGGAUUACUACAGCCAUCACGACAAGGAUGGCUUGUAUCCAUGGCUAGAAGGCUGCAUCCAGCAUCUUCAGAAUCUCAUAGGAGCACCAAGCAGCCUCAACAAAGUCCUUUUUGGAGGUUGCAUUGGGGCUUUGUACUCAUUCCUUCAGUUUCUGACUGCACCUUUAAUUGGCUCGUUGUCGGAUGUCUAUGGACGAAAAUGGAUGCUCACAUUAACAACGUGUGGAGUUGCACUCUCUUAUGCCUUGUGGGCUGUGUCCAACAGCUUUGCACUGUUUGUGCUCUCACGCAUCAUUGGUGGCAUCAGCAAGGGUAACAUAAGCCUCAGCACGGCUGUUAUUGCAGAUGUCUGCAAUUCCAAGCUCAGAGGCAAAGGGAUGGCACUCAUUGGUGUUGCCUUUUCCAUUGGAUUCAUUGUGGGACCACUCAUUGGUGCACAGUUUGCUGUGGCAAGUAAGGGCUCCACCGAGUUCUAUGUUGGCCCUGCACUCUUUGCCCUUACACUUGCCCUCCUGGACAUAGUGUUCCUGAGCAUUAUGUUUACCGAGUCAUUACCUCGGGAGAAACGCGCACAUUCGGUUGCUUCUAGUCUCUCCGGCGCACUUUCCUAUGUCAACCCAGCGUCACUGUUCACAUUUCAGCCAGUUCAAAAACUUCCUCUCAAAGAUCACCAGGUUCUCCGUCAGUGCGGUCUGGCUUACUUUUCAUACUUGCUGUUCUACUCUGGCCUGGAAUAUUCGUUGUCCUUCUUAACGCACAGCAGAUUUCAGUAUACACGCAUGCAGCAAGGCAAGAUGUACUUUAUGGUUGGCCUUGUGAUGGCUGCAGUUCAAGGUGGCUACGUCCACAGAGUUCCGCCAGGGAAGGAAAUAAAAGUUUGCCUUGUUGGGAUUAUGAUGAUCAUACCAUCAUUCAUCAUCAUUGGUGUAUCCUGGAGUCCAUAUGUCUUAUACUGCGGGCUCCUGUUGUACGCCUUCU